UAAUUUACCUCCUUCGUCUUCACUUCCAUUUCUAGAGAGAGAGACAAAACUAGAGAGAGAAAAAAAUGGAGGGAGAAAUCAUCAACUUGACCAAGGUAUGGUUGACCGUCUGUAUCUCUCUCUGUUACUGCCAUACCGCCGGAAAACUCAUCUCUCCCGGCGCCGGCCGCUUCCUCGCCAUCGCCCCCGUCGUCGUCCUCUUCUUCCUCCUCCCUCUGCAACUCACCUCCAUCCACCUCGGCGGCGCCACUGCCUUCUUCGUCGCUUGGCUCGCAAACUUCAAGCUACUCCUCUUUGCCGCUGGCGACGGCCCUCUCUCCACCACUCCGCCGCUCCCUCUCCGCCGAUUCCUAGCCCUAUCUUGCUUACCGAUCAAGAUUCUUCAAAACCCCUCGGAGAAAUCGAGCCCUAAAAAUCGCUCCGAAAUCCUAAACGAAAAACCCAAAUCGCUCCUCAACUACUCGAUUAAAGCCCUAAUCGUCGGUUUGAUGGUGAAAUUGUACGAUUACUCUGAGUUUAUUCACCCGAAAGUUCUGUUGUUCAUUUAUAGUUGGCACAUUUACUUUCUCCUUGAGAUUAUUCUGGCCAUUACGCAGUUUUUUGGUCGGAAUCUUCUCGGAAUCGAGCUAGAGCCGCAGUUUCGCGAUCCGUAUUACUCGACUUCGCUUCAGGAUUUUUGGGGAAGGCGAUGGAAUCUGAUGGCGACGAAUAUUCUUCAGCCGACGGUUUACAAGCCGACGGUGAAGAUCGCAAGUAAGGUAAUCGGGCGGAUGUGGGCGCCAUUGCCGGCGGUGAUGGCAACGUUUUUGGUAUCGGCAAUGAUGCACGAACUAAUAUUUUACUAUUUAGGGCGAAUGAAGCCAAACUGGGAGCCCACGUGGUUCUUUGUUAUCCAUGGAAUUGCUUUGACGGUGGAGAUUCUGGUGAAGAAGAUGGUGGGUGAGAAGUUUCGGUUACCGGCGGCGGUGUCUGUGCCGGUGACUCUGGUUUUGAUCUUCUCGACGAAAAUUUGGUUGUUUUUUCUGUAGUUCAUGAGG